CCGCCUCAGUUUAUUCCCCUCUCCAUCUAAAAACCCCCAAACCGACCUAAUCCCCAAAUCUCUCUCUCUUUCAUCCCUAAAGACCUUUCCCCAUUCCUUAUUCGCCAUUCUAAUCGCCAAAAACUCGCCGACGAUGAGAUCUUCGAUCGCGGAGAAGCCCCUGUUCCUUGCCGUCGCCGCCUACACCCUCAUCGCCGACGCUCGCUCCUCCGCCGCCUUCGAAUCCGAUGGUUCCUCGUCUCUCCCCUCCCCUCUGCUCGCGGCCCGCGCCAUUCGCGCCUCCGCCGCUCACCGCGACGCCUCCUCCGUCUCCUCCGCCUACGACGAGCCCCUCGCCGGAGCUGGCAAUAGAAACCCUAAGCAUCACGAGAUCCUCCACCUACGCCACUCACCAGAGAUUACUGCUUUCAGUGAUCGCUAUUCAGAGUUUGAGAAGCUAAAUACAAAGGUCUUGGGUGUUUCAGUUGACAGCAUGUAUUCUGUGGUGCACAGUGAUCGUCAUUUGGCAGAUCAUUUUGGAGGGAAGCUUCACUUAGGCUAUAUGCAGAUUCGGGAGAAAUUAGCAGAAAUGCAGGAUCAAGGAGGAAGAAACAUGAUGCUUCAACAAAUUGGAGGAGUAAAUGCAAUUGGAUUCUAUAAAUUAUGCAAAGUUCAUCAAGUUAUGUAAACAAUUGUAUUUUUUAUAAUCUAUGUAAAAAAUUUAUGUAUCUUUCUAGUAUUUUGGUGAAUGUAUUAUUUGAAUAUAAUUAUAUUUGAUAUUGAAAUAUAAUUAGAUCAAUUGUGUU